GGUGAGGGAAGAAGAGAAGAAGGGAAGGAACUUGGCUGUUCUUCUCUCCCUCGAUUCUCUGCUAGUAGUAAAGCCCAGGCCGGGUCAGCCGAGAGACUGCGAACAUGCACGGACGUGCGUGCCUCGCGUGCAAAACUCGCAUAGAGAUCGCGUAGCGAGCUACCGUUUUAGUUUCAAGAGGAUUCGAGAUUAUUGGCUGAAAGCUACCUCUCCUUUUCCUCUUCUCUUUCUCUCUUCGUGAUCGAGUUCCAAUCUAAAGAGAGAGGGAGAGAGAAAGAGAGAGAUGUGUUAGAAGAGAAAGACCGAAAGGAAUCCAGUUUUUUGGCUAAAUAAGAAAAAGGAAGAAAGAGAAAGAGAAAGAACAUCGAGAGACCCUGACACGAGGGUAAAAAAAGUGGCGCGAGCACGGAAACUCGGCCGAGAACGGUGGAGCUUCGAGCAACACAACGAGGCUACUAAGCGACGUCGUCGGGAUGAAAUCGCGAAGCGAUGCUACUCUAUCGAUUCUUCAACAAGAUCGUCGAAGAUGUGAACCGUUUGCCGAGGACUGUAUCGCAUGAAGGGCUCCAAGGUUUGAGUCAAGUGGAACGACGGACGUAGAAGAUCGAAAAACGAGAGAAAAAAAGAGAGAGGAAAAGAGAGAGUGAACGAGCAAAAGAGAAAGAGAAAGAGAGAGAGAGAGAGAGAAAGAGGAGAAGAGAAAAGAAGAGAGAAAGAGAGAAAGAGUGAGAGAGAGAGAGGGUUUCGUGAAGAAAGAAGGCCGUAAAGAAGGGUAAAAGGAGUUAGAAGGGCGGGUGGGGGGAUGCAGCUCGAAAGGGUGGCGGCAUGGAGGAGCCCUCGCUGGAGGCUCUCAUGCAGGCAGGCCUCAUCUUCGUGGUCUGUGUCGCCAUCAUCCUCUCGAAUCUCCUCAUCAUCGCCACAUACCUCAAUUUCCGUGGUCCCUCCGAGGUGAUAAAUUACUACUUGCUGUCGCUGGCUUCAGCGGACCUUCUUUGCGGUCUGCUAGUGGUUCCGCUCUCCGUAUAUCCGGCUUUGGUGCGAAGAUGGGUCUACGGAGACAUCGUGUGUCGUCUGGUCGGAUAUCUCGAAGUUACCCUCUGGGCGGUAUCCGUCUAUACCUUCAUGUGGAUUUCCGUCGAUCGUUACCUAGCCAUCAGGAAACCACUCCGAUACGAGACCGUUCAGACGAAAACUCGAUGUCAAUGCUGGAUGGUCUUUACGUGGAUCAGCGUUGCCAUGAUGUGCUGUCCGCCUCUUCUCGGCUUUAACAAGCCGAUCUUUGAUCGCGAGGCUUUCAUCUGCAUGCUCGAUUGGGGCAACAUGGCCGCUUACACUAUCACCCUGUCGAUCCUCGUACUAGGACCAUCGGUAAUCACCAUCGUCUAUACCUAUUUCUACAUCUUCUCGAUGAUGAGACGACUGAAAUCGGGCGUACUGAUUCACGACAAGGAAUAUGCUACUGCGCUUUCCGAAAAUUUGAGUAACCCGAGCCACAUCAUGUCCUUCGUCCUGGUGAUGGCUUUCUGGAUAUCCUGGGCACCCUAUGCAGGAGUCAGAAUAUAUGCUGUCAUUAACGGACCUCCUCAGGUACCGUUUCUACACUUUGCCGUGGUAUGGCUAGGGGUGACAAACGGUUUUUGGAAGGCGAUCGUCCUCGGAACUCUCAGUCCUCAGUUUCGGCUCGCUGCGCGUGUUCUUUGCUUGACGGUGUGCUGUCGACACAGAAUGCUUCCGCCGGAGCUUCUCGGCCUCGACGACGACGACUAAAAAUUGAACGAAACGCCUACGCGAGAACGACGAUUGCUUUCCUACCUUUACGCGCGACGCAUUCCUAAAGCAUCCAGCUUUUCCUAUUUUCAAGCUUCCUCUUUUACUUUUUCUCUGUCUCUCUCUUUUUCUCUCUGUUCUUCUCUUUCUUCCUUUCUCUCUUUUUCUAUCCCUGUCUCUCAUCUUUCUCUCAUCUUUCUCUCAUCUUUCUCUCAUCUUUUUUCCCCCAUUCGCUCCCGUUCCCGUUUUUCCUAGCGUGCGCUCUUUAAACUAGUCAAGGUCGUUGUCAUACCCGGAACGACGACCGUCGAUGCAUUUUCUCUUCUUUUACUCCUCAAAGCGUGAAAAAAGCCACACAUCAGGCUCAGAUUUGUUCAAUCACGGUCUACGUUGUGCACAGAAGCAACGUGGAACUGCAUCCUCGCAAGCCGUUAGGAGAGAGAGCAAGCGAAGCAAGACCGACCUAAUGCGCGUGCAAAAUAUCGAACUACGUCGGCUUCGAUAAAAGGAAAAGAGAGGAAAAAAAGCGAAAGGGGAAGGAGAAAAAAUAAUACUCGAUCCGUUCAGUCGCCGUUCGCGCGGUUGAGCGUGAAGCACGCAGAUACACAGCGAAUUACGUACGUUUCGUUGAACGUAUAACGUAUUAUCCGUGAAACCGUUUCCAGAGCAGCCUUUAUCGAUACGUCCGCUCGGUUCUCAUUUAAACAUGAAUUAUCACGAAUUUUCAGCACGGCUAUAUACGACGAAUCUUGCAAUUAACGAUGAUCAAGAUGUGAUUUGUCGCAUUUAAUAUCCUUUCGGCACUCAAUUUUGCAAAGUUCAUUUUAAACCGUUUUUAAAUUUCCUUUUUUUGAGAUAUAAAAAGUUAAAACUAUACUUCUCAAUAAGAAAAGAAAGUCUAAUAUAAAAAAAUAUAACAAUGAAUUAUCCUAUAUAUUUUAUCUAUGAAAAAUUAUGAAAGAUAUUGGAUGAAUAUAUCGAUUUUCUCAAAAUCGGUUCGACAUUCAACCUGUUAAAUAUUUUAUCGUCGAUCGAUUUAACGAUACACGGUAAAUUCGGAAAAAGAUAUAUAAUUAUAUAUGUAUAUUUUUUUAAACUACAUUCUUUUACGAUCGUAGACAAUCAAAGUGAUUCCUAAGUGUUAUUCGGGCUCAACCGAAAAACGGUCGCGAUCUUGCAGCUCCACGUUUGCGUCAGUACAGUGUUUUAAGAAAGAUCUCUACGCAUUUCUGGAUACAACGAAGAUCAUCCUACUCGCACGCACGAUGUCACGUGCACGCGUUCAUGCUCGACGAUUUGUUAUACGAGAAACUUCAAUAAACGAGCAUAGACUGAACUACGAUCGCACGUAUUUAAAAAAUAUCGUCGACGUCGUUCGAUAAGAUCUUGCUUUUUUCGUAAUGAUAUUUUACCAGAUAGAGUCAAUUUUUCUAAAAAAAAAAUACUAGCCUUUUUAAAACCAAAGUAUAAUUAUAUACGGUAGCUUGUAACAAUAACAAAAAAAGAAAAAGAAGAUACAGUACGGUGUAUAAGAGAGAAGAUCUAAUUAUGGCUGUUUUUGAAUCGGCACACGAACACUGCAUUAACUCAUUUGAUUUUUCUUUUUUUUUUUUUCUUUUCAUUUUACGAUAAGCAUAAACGAGAGAAUAGAGACGAACGAGGUUGAAGGAUAAUAUCGUAAUUUGGUUAAUUUUCACAUUUUUAGUACAUUUUUUUCUCGAUAAUACGUUAUGUCGAUCCCGUAACUCGCUAUUGUCAAAAUAUGUCAAAAGAAAGAAAAAGUAAAAUAGAAAAAAAAAAGAAACGAGCAAAAAAAUGAAAUAAUGAAAAAAUGAGAAUGAAUUAAUUGAAUAAAAGGAUCCUUUUAUGCGUACGGUACCUGAAAGGACGACUACAUUUUUACGUUGUUGUCGUAACUGUGAAGAUAUUUCAAUAUAAUCUCACAUCCUUCGGAAAUUCUAGAGCCGAAUAUUUAGAUUUUAAAGUAAUCAUUUUCUUAACGCGAAACGUACGAACGUGUCAUAAUCAAACGGAAAAAGAAAUACUAAUGAGGAAACAUAAAUUCGUUUAACGAUAUUUAAAAAUUAGUUGUUGCCUAUUCUAAAUUGUAAGAUCAUGCUGAAUAAGUGUUGUAGUCUAUUUAAAUGAAACAAAAAGUUACUAUGGCUGUCGCGCGAGCUACGAAAAAAAGGAUAACGAGAGAUAGAGAUAGAGAUAGAGAUAGAGCGAAAGAGAUAGGGAGAGGAAUAGGGAGAUGGUAAGAGAGAUUUGUAGAGAGGGUGAAACGAUAAAAAUCUAGUCAAUUAAUGGAGAUGCCUCUACAAAUGCGACGUGCAGAUGCGAUCAUUCUCGUUAAAGUGCGCGCCCGUAGAAAGCCCCUAAAAAUAAAAAUUACAAAAAAAAAGAAAAUAACUAGGUAAAAAGAUGUCACAGAAAAAAAAACACGUCGAAUCAAGAGAAUCCGUAGUUACUUUCUUACGUAUUUUUUAACGCGAUUCCUCUCUUAUUAUCGAUGCUCAAUACGAUUAAUUCUCCUUAUUCUUUCUCUCUUCUACGUUCGAACGAUCGGUGAAAUGGUCUGCAUAGUUCGACGAAUAUAGAAAACGUCGAUUGAAUAUAGUUAUUUAUAUGUGUGUGAUAUGUAUAUAUCUUCGCACACAUAAAUACGUUUGCAUAUUAUUCUAAUAGCUUCACAAGUAUUUAUGGAAAAUCUUUUAUUAAGUCCAGUAUUUGUUUAUAAUCAUUAUCAUUAGAUUAAAUCUUAUCUAUUGAGUUAACUCCUUUCUGAGUCUUUUUGAAUUUAGAUACGAUUCUACGUGGUAGACAAUCGAUGCACAUGGUUUGUCGAAAUAAAUUCGACUAUAAAAUUCAUAUUGUUACAUCGAUGUGUAGAACUUACGUUAAGAGAUUUUAAGCCUUGACCGAGUAGAGUUUUUCCAAAUCUACAUAAAAUGUUAUUUAAAAUGUUAGCGUUUACUUAAAUGUUAAAAUCAUUGGUAAACGCAUUGUUUUUAAUGGAAUCUCACGAUCGAUCCUUCUGGUGCUAUUACCAAGAGAUAGCAGAAAUCUGAAAUUUUAGCAGACCUUCUCACGAUCUACAUAGUUGGACUGUCGUUAGUUUUCUUCUCGAUUUAUGGGGUCGUAAAUACGUUAUUGUUCUUCCUAAUAAAAAAAAAAAAAUGAUCCUCGCAUCGAACAUCGCACAUCGCACAGGUAAAAACGAAACCGAUCGACUAAUAUUUCUCUCAGUACGAAUAUAUAACGUCCACUUAUCGCAUUAUGAUUGAAAGGUGAUUGAAAGUAAGUAAAUAAAAGAAAGGAAAUGGAUUGUCAGUCGAUAUCUUUGUAUCGAAGAAUGGUAGACCCCAUAAGUCGUAAGAAGGAUGACAUUUUCGAUUCUCUACAUGUUGCGAAUAAUGUUUAUCUAAUCGCGGCCGUGGCCUCAAGUUUUUGGCUAAUCAACUUGAUCAAGAUUUAGUGUCGCAACGUGAUUGACAAAGCACUUGUAAGAAAUUCCGUAUUUAAAUGGAAAUAACAAAUCUCAUCGAUCGCUUCGUUAAAAAGUCGAGCGAAACGAAAAAACCCUUCGGCCCUCGUUAUUUCUGCCUCGUAAUUGUACUUUCAAUCGAUCGAAAAAAAAAAGGAAGAACUCAAACUUUUAAUUAUCUUCCAAUAAAUUGUCGAUAUAUAUAUAUAUGUACACAUAAAUAAUAUGGCAAAAUGUAAAAAAAGUACAAUUGCGAGAAAGAAAAGACACAACGCUCCUGCUUAAACUAGGCUAGAAAGCUAGAAAUAGGCUUUCGACGGGAGCGCUCAACUAUCGCCGCGCGAAAAACGUUCUUUCAUUUCGAAUUAUCUCACCAGUUUUUCGAAAAUGAAAUUUCGGCACUUUACAAUUUUAAGAAUAUUUUUUCUGCAUUAAAAAGAAAAGAAAAAGAAACGACAAACAUUAACCCUUUAAAAAAAAAGGAAACUUAAGACGCCAAUCGAUGUCUGGUAAUAUAAGAGGUCUUUUUCUUCUGAUCUUUUUUUCCUUUUGCACGGACGAAUUCCUCAAACGUUCUAUCCUAAUCGGUAGAAUGUCAUUUUUUCUAGGAUAACGCGUUCGAUUUUACGCGAACCCCUUCAAGACGAGCAAUCAAAAACGUUAAACCCGUUCGGGACAUAUCAUAAAAUUUUGAUAAAUUUAAAUUAAUAAUUAAAGGGUUAAGGUGCCUAGAACGACUAGAGUACACACACGAGUCGUAGAUAAAUAUGCGAAAUAAGCAACGUUUUCUCGUUAUUAAAGGUAUUUGCAAUGAGUGCAUUUAAAAAUGCAUUUGUGCGAUAACCAAAAAGAAACGGGGAAAUGAGUUUAUGGCAUCACUGUGUAUUACCGAUAUAAAUAUAGAGAAGAAUCAAACAAAAUUCUUUAUUUUAUCGUAGCAAAAAAUCGUUUAGAUGACAUUAUUCGGCUAAAAUUUGACGCCGAAUCGAUAUGAUCUAAUAAAUAAAUAUUUUUUAGAAAUGACAUACAUUGAUAAAAUUAGAAGACACGUGAUAAAAGUGAUAUAAGCACUGUAAAGCUAAAAAACGCUCGACGCAUAACACUUUCUCGCUGCUUACCGACAUGGUUGAACGUCGACGUUUAGUCGGAUUUGAUUGAGCAUAUAAAAUACUUUAUACCCGAUGCCUGUCCACGUGAAACAAGUAGGAUCGCGUAAGAUUGCAUUCUUUUUCAUUUGGAUUCGUUAUUAUAAGCUUUAAUCUUGUACUUUAAUAAUGUCUCGAGUGCAUAUUGAUUCGAGGUAGUCACGUUAUUAGAAAGAAGAUUCUUCGAAUAAAUUUUCCAACAUAAAUGGGCAUAAAAGAGUAUCGUUCUAACGAUAUAUAUCUAUACAAUUGGAUCGCUGUGUGUAAACCUUCGCUUUAAAAAAAGAUAACAAGCCUGAAUCGCCUUCUUUGUCUCUUUUACGAUAACUUUCAAAUAAUUGUUAUUUCCACGUUUUUAUCCAAAAAUCUCGAUGUUCUAGCUCUUACCGAUUAUACUAAUCGUGACUCUCGUACCAUUUUGCACUCGUAAAGUCGCCAAAAAUUGAGCAGUAUUAUUAUCCUCAGCGAUAACGAGAUUCUAAAGAGAUCGCGAAGUCGUGCAAGAGAAAAAUGAGAGAAAAGAGAGAGAGAGCAAAAAUUCAUGCAUGGCUACGCAAGAAAGAAAGAAGUGAGAGAGAGAGAGAGAGAGAGAGAGAGAGAGAGAGA